AUGGCAACUUUAUUCCGAGUGAUUUGCUCGGCUAGCCUGACCAUCAUUGUUAUUCAUUGUUUUUCAUUAAUCACUUUGGUUGCUUGUAAAUCAUCUGGAAUGUCUAUCCAAAUGAUUGGUGGCGGUGGUGGUGCUGGUGGUGGUGGAAAUUCUUAUGGCGGUACUGGUGGUGAUCCAAUGCUAGUUCUUUCUGGUAAAGAUGGCACAAUGAUCGCUGGUGGACCAUGCAGUAUGAUACCGUUUUUAAUGUCACCAAGUAAAAAAGCAAAAAAGAAAGGUGGUGAUAUGAUCAUGAUGCUUGGCAGUGGUUGUAAUCGUCAACAAAGUUAUUCAUAUCCACAACCAAAACAUAUUCAAUUACAUUUACAUCCAAUCAUGAUGAAUUAUGGUGGUGGAUAUCCUAUGAGCGGUGGAUAUAAUGGAGGUAAUUACGGUGGUGGUGGUGGUGGUGGUCAUUCAUCUGGUGCGGAUUAUAUGGGUGGUAGCUAUGGAGAAAAUGGUGGAUAUAAUAGCGGGGGUAGUGGUGGUGGUUAUAAUGAGCGUAGCUAUUGAUAUUCAAUCAAUACAUUGAUCAAUUCA